CUACUACAGAUGUUGUUCUAUUACUAGGUCAAUCAAAAUCCCUGUCCACAUCCGACAAAUUUAUGGGAAUUGCUCUCAGAAUUUUUUUUAUUGAACUGUAAUCCAACUUUUAUGCAUAAUAAUGGGUGGACAUAGUGAAAGCCCAUAAAAUGUAUUGAAGAUAAUAUUCAAGCUGAUGAAAAUUUAGAGUCGGGCCAUUGUUUCUACAGUUGAUUGGAUAUCGAAAAUUUUGAUGUUUGAGGUGACUGGAAGAUAAGGCCAAAAAUAGUUCCUAUAAUUCCAUCUGGCCAAUAAAAGGCUACUCGAUGUCACAAUCUACACUUGAAUUUCACACAUUACACUGGUAGCGUAGGCUAGUUAGUACUGGGAAAAAUUUGGCAAUAGAUGUGGUAUAAUCUGUUUGUCGAUUGGAGAAAAAGAUUGUUUCUUUCAAAUGGAAAAUUGCUUUUGGCCUGAAGAAUAUCGAUAUGCCUCUUGGAAUCAGAGCCAAAGUGAACUGGAAAGUGAUAAUCCUUUUCUGGUUCCAUGGCUUCCUCCAAAUCCUCCUCCUCCUGGUGAGGUGGCGGCAUCAGAGGCGGCUCUCCAAUUUCAUUGUUAUCCUUCCUCGGUGUUGCCGCCUUGGCCGGCCCCCUUUGAAGGGGUGGCAGAAGAUAGAGGUGGCAGUGCUUCAAGGAGCCACAGUGAAGCUGAGAAAAGGCGCAGAGACAGGAUCAAUGGACAGCUUGCAACUCUCAGAAAACUGAUCCCAAAGUCUGAAAAGAUGGACAAGGCGGCUCUAUUAGGACAAGUAGUAGAGCAUGUGAAGGAUCUAAGGCAAAAAGCAAAAGAAAUCAGCAAAAUCUCCACAAUUCCAACUGAUAUAGAUGAAGUCACAAUAGAUCACUUGGACCUAGAAGAAUCAAGCAUGGAGAAUAAUAUAUACAUAAAGGCUUCUGUUUGCUGUGACGAUAGGCCGGAAUUAUUUGCAGAGCUGAAUUGUGCCCUCAAGGGCCUUAGACUCACCAUUCUUGAAGCUGAUAUAACCAGUUUAGGUGGCAGAAUGAAAGCCAUUUUUGCCCUUUGUGCCAAAAAUGGUAUGGAAGAAAAAUCUUGUUUUAGCACUCUCAAGCAGUCACUUUAUAUCGUAUUGAACCGUGUUGCUAUGUCUUCUGCUACAUCAAAUUAUCGGGCGAGGAGCAAGAGACAGAGGUUCUUUUAUCCUUCUCAUUAAUUAAAUAUUUGAGCAAUGUUGAUUAAUUGAGGACUUUUUUGAUGAUGAUUGUAUUGAUCUUAUGUAACAGGCGAAAGAAUCUUAUAUAUCUAAAUUUUGAUUGAUUUUUACAUAUUUGAUGAACCUCUACCAAAUUCAACAUUUUUGUAGGGGAGAGAUAUCAGAUGAUCUUA